AUGCCUUUGCAGAGCUUUUCCAGGCCAGAUCCCUCUGCCUCUGCUCCAGACCUCGCGCACUUCGGCCUUUCGCCCUCCCUGCGCGGCGUGGUACGUAGCCCCAUUUGCUCGGACGUGUCGCCUUUCGCCUCUGACUUCGCUCACUCGGACUUGGCCUCGUCGUCGCGGCAGCCGGCCCAGAUGGCUUCACUGUUGCCGGUGCUGGGGAGGCGCCUUGAGCUAAGUGGGAAAACCAUGUGCCAUGUUGCGUUGUGGAUCGUUCACACGUUCCACUUCUUCAAACUGGUAGCGGGAGCGUUUGCAACCUCCCUGCAAAACUUCGACUACACACUGGUUGCCAAGGUGAAAGACUGGAAAGCCCCUACACCUAUGGCGCUGGACAACCUGAAGUAUGGAAACUUCAGACCUACGACGGUGGUGCCUGAGGCGAGGAGUCUGCCGGGCUAUGGAGGACAAGUAGAGGAGUGGGCCAACUAUAAGUUCCAGGUGCAGGCCAUCGAGAUGAAGGAGUCACAGAUGAGUGAAGCUGAGAGGAAGAAGCUUGGAGGACUGGCUUUGAGGCUGACAGAGAGGCUCCAAGGGCCGGCUUUGCAGAUCGCAAAGACCUUGGGGAUCGAGGAGUUGGCUAAGCCUGAUGGAGUCACCAAGCUGAUGAAUGCCCUGGAGAGAGACCUACUACCACUACGCCGACAAGCCGCAGUGGAGCUCUAUCAAGCCGGAUCUAUGCCUGGCUUGCUGAGCCGACAGAACGCCGAGCCGAUGGCAUCAUAUGUGCUGAGAAGGGAAGCUUGGUGGAACCAGUUGACCGAGCUUGACAAGGAGGUCAAGUGCAGCCAAGCGAUCUUAGGAGAGCAGAUGCUGACACAGAGUGGACUCACGUCCAUGGAGCAGCAACUGGUGAGAUCGGUGAUGAGCAAUGAUCUCAGCGACCUCAAGAAGUUGGCGGCAACGCUGAGAGAUCAAUUCGGAGCGGUACAUGACAGGGAGAAGAGGAAAGGCAAAGGAGAUCACAAAGGCCGAUGGGGCUGGGGACAACGAAGUUCCUACAUGGCGGAGUCCUACAUGGCUGAGGAUGAGAACCCUGUUGUGACCGACGAGACCCCUGAGAAUGCCGAGUAUGAUGAGGAGAUCUACGACGAGAACUAUGAUGAGAUGCCAGAAGGACCUGAGGGGACACAGCUGGAAGAGGACAUCGUGGCAUGGUACGCAGACCAAGGUAUUCAUGCACAGACGUGCUCAGCUGAGGACUUGGAGCUGAUCUACGACACUGUGGAGCACGAGACAGCUGCGUUCUACUCGAGGCAACAGGCAGCUCAUCGAGGCUACUCAGUUCCUGCGAGUAACAGCCUGUACCAGUCCAACAACAACCAGACACCACAGGAGAGGCAGGCCAAGGUUUUGGCUGCGAAGCAGAGGACGAGGUGCAGAGCUUGUGGACAGCAGGGACACUGGCAACGAGACUGGAUCUGCCCGAAGAGAAAAGGAGGAUUCAAAGGCAAAGGCAAGAACAAGGACAAGGGCAAGGUUCAGAGCAAGGGGAAGCAUGAUGGCAAAUCAUCGCCGAGCUCAACGAGAUCGACAUCGGGAUCACCAAGCAAGCCCAGGGUUGUCUACUUCUCAGUGAGAGACAGCCACCAGGAAGAACCCUUUGCGGGGAUGGUUCAUCGCUAUGAGCCUUCCGGUCCAGGGAACCCAGGAUUGGAUGAUGUAGAUCAGAGAAGACUUGAGGACGAGGUGCGAAGGCUGAUGACCUUGCCAUCAGAGAGGUUGGAGCAGGAGUUCCAACAGGAGCUACACUACAUGCCACCACAGAGCAAGGCAGCAGCACGACCACCUUCAGGAAGUCUGGUUCCUGAUCUGAUGAUGCAGAUGCAUCACCCCAAGUCGCCUGGCUUCUACGUGCAUCAGGCGAGAGGAUCGACUGAGGAGACUAUGGGAUUCUCAGCUGGCGAAGUGCCAAUUCCAGAGACGCCUAGAGGAGACAGCGGUUGCCCACAUGAGAACACGACAAGAAGAGGAUCGAAUGCCUACAUAGACAUGCUGACCUGCAAGGACUGUGGACUGGUGAUGCACAAGGAGAAGAAGUCACCAGUGACCAAGGACAUCAGCAUGAGGCAGAUUGAUCCGCAGGUGUGUCAACACCAUGAUGUGUCUUGGAAAGGAUCCAACGGGUACCAAUGGGUUUGGACAUGCCCGGACUGUGGAUGCAGCGACAAGGUCAAGAGGAAUCCAGGAGAUGAGAGGCCGAUUCCUGCAGCAGGAGUUCCAUCAUCCACCAUGAGAUCUACCACCAGGACACUACCGAAGGCAACUACACCUAUGUCGUCUCCACCAACGACGCCACUGAGGACCUCUAUGUCGACAGUGCAGGAUGCAGUGUUGUUCACAUCUGAGGAUGAGUGGACGACAUGCCGAGAUCUUUUGGAUCGCAUGGUUCGACUUCACAUCAAUGCCCACAACUCCAUCACCAAGCAGGAGUUCAUGCAGAUUGUCAACGCUAUUUCGCUUUGUUGUGCAGCACAACUUCAUCGAGCUGUACCACUUCUACCUUCAGGACAAGGUUACGUGGGAACACCUGGAGGAGCAUCCAUUUCAACGGCCAGAAGUGAGAACAGAGAUGAAGGUGAUCGACUGUUUGACUUCGGCAAGUACAAGGGACGAAGCUUCAGAUCGGUCUACGACAACGAACCUUCCUAUGUGAACUGGACGUUGGACGAGAUGCAGAAGGGCGAAGGCUACUGCAAGGGCAUGAGAAGAUGGCAGGAGUACAUCCAACUGAGGAGAGCAGAAGAAGAGUCGAAUCCACCGAGAACACCAACAGCCUACAUGGUCGUCGAUGUCGAGGAGAUUGAUGAGAAUGACGAUGUGGCAAUGUGGGUCAACACAGAGGACGAGGAAGCGACCUACAUGUUCCUUGACUCAGGUUGCAACCAGACCUGUCAUGGGGAGCUGUGGAUGAAGAGGUUCAGCAAUAUGACGAAACAUCAUCCACAAUGGCUACAUCGACAGACAACCGAGCUCAACGGCAUCGGAGGACGAUCGAGGACGCUGGGAGAAAGACUUCUCUAUGUCAUGCUGGAGAACAACAAUGGAGAAGGAGUUCCAGGAGAAGUCACCAGCAUGGAAAUCGAGGGAUCGAAAGCACCAAUGCUUUUGAGCCUUCCUUCACAAGAGGCUCUUGGAUUGGUCGUUGACUUCGAAGAUUCGACCAUCUACAGCAAGCUGUUGAACAUGACCUUCAAGGCAGUUCGAGGCAAAAGGAAUCGCCUUUUGGGCCUCAAGAUCACCCCAGCCGAGUUCGCGGAGAUGAAUGUGGCACCGGUUGAAACCGUUGCACUGAUGGCUGAGUCGAGUGAGGGCUCUGACAAGAAGCCACCAUGGAGGACUUCGGAUGAGGGAGAUCAGAGAGGAGUGCCCAAGGCCAGAGCAGCACCCAGCGAGAUGCUGACCAGAAUUGCACCGGAUGGACAACGAUACACAUCUGAGGUGCGAGUAGUUCCAACUCGAGCAGCAUCAUCUUCAGCAAGACCAUCUGAGGAGAACACCGACAAGGAGGAUGAUGACGUGUGGGUUGAGGUCGAAGAAGAGGAGGCAUCACAACCCGCUGGGACGACACAGAAUGAGACAUGGGAUCGAGAUGAAACAGAUGACGCACCACUGGAGGAGCAGAUCUUGGAUGAGCCAGAGGAAGAAGGUCAGCCAGAAGGAGAACUAUCUCCGAAGGAGAAGGAUGUUUUCCGACCAGAAGAUGAGGAGACUGACUGGUGGGACAUCCAAGACAAUGAGAUCAUCCGACACCAUGUGCAGCCACGGACUAUGCCGUUCUACCCAACAGGAAGUCGAAUGGAUUUGCCCGUCGACUUGAUGAGGCUUGCUGGACGAAGAGUGACCUACAAGCUCUUCGAGGAUGGGAACACGGAGACCGUGAAUGACAACUGGAAGGAUCGACUUCCAGGACAGUACGUCAAGGAGCGAUCGGAGGCAACAACCUUUGAGAAGGCACCUCCUGGACUCCACGUUGUCCGGAGGAUCACCUACAACAUGGAGAAUGGAGAAGAGAUCGCUGACGAGACUGAGUAUGACCUCAUGCAGGAGGGACGAGAAGAAAGACUACUACCCAAUGGAGUCACCUACAUCAGGACGAGAUUCCACGUCUUCGAGGACUUUGAGGACGAGAGCCCAUGGAUUGGAACCACUACGUUCCGACUCAAGCCCUUGGAGACGGAGUUGGCCGACUAUGUCAUGGACCCCAAGGACACCAAGCGCACCAUGACCAAGGGCCAGCGGAAGCAGCUGGAACAGGAGGUUGAGAACUUGGAGGAGAAAGACAUGGCGCUUUGGUCUGUCCUGACCAGGAGAGAAGCUUUCUUGCCCAUGCGCUGGAAGAUUGUCUUCGAGUUGUUCUGCGGAUGUGCCUUGUUGACAAGGAUGUUUCAAGCAGCUGGCUAUGAAACCUGCACACCGCUGGACAUGAACAACGGGUGGAAUGUCUUCGACCCGAAGCAUCGAAGAUGGGCAGAGGACAUGCUGGAUCGUGAGAACCCGUACCUUCUCACUGUGGCAUGGCCUUGUGGACCCUGGUCACCAUGGCAGAGGAUGGCAAAAGAUCAGGAGAUCGUUCAGGAGAAGCGGAAGAAAUGGUUGCCGAUCCUAGGAUGGAUCAAGAAGAUGGUGAGGAAGCAACAGCAGAAAGGAGGAGUGACGAUGGUCGAGAACCCAUGGCCGUCAGAGGCUUGGAACACUCAGGAGAUCAUGUCACUAUCUUCGCAUCAAUAUGGACGAAGUGAGGAGGAGCAGUUCGAGGUCUUGAGGGUAGAUGCAUGCGCCUUUGGACUUCGGGACUAUGACUCCAAGCUGUUGCACAAGAAACCCACAGGCAUUGGGACAGACUCACCAGGCAUCAAGACCAUGAUGAGAGGAAUGACCUGCAGCGGAGAUCAUGAGCAUGAACCGCUGGAGGGCAACAAUUCGAGAGGAGCGAGAACGAGGCAAGCAGCAAAGUGGACUUCGAGGAUGUGUAGAAGGAUCAUCCGAGGAGUUCAGAUCGACUUGGAGAAUGCAGUCUCAACAGCAUUCGCAGGAGAGGCUAUGCAAGAGGCAAUGGAAGAGGAGCCACAUGCGCUGGAUGAGAUCUAUGGAGAAGAGGAUCUACCUUCAGCAAAGCCGACAGCCAAGGAGGCAGAGGUCGAUCUGGCAAGAGAGGAGGCGUUGGAAGAUCAAGAACGACUUGAGGAGCCAGAGGCCGAGAAGAUCAGAAGGAGGAUGUGGACCAAGCUGAGCAGAAAGGAGAGGAUUGGCAUCAGAAGGUUGCAUGUCAUGACAAGUCAUGCAACACGACCACAAAUGCAAAGGAUGCUGAGGUACUCCAAUGCACCAGCCAAUGUGGUGUCAGCAGUGACGUACUUCAAGUGUUCAGCUUGCGAGAGGCUUUCAGAAGGCCAUCAUCCCGCAGUUGUGAAAGCUCCAAAUCCCUACACCUUUGCCGAGGAUGUUGGAUUGGACGUCUUUGAGGUCAAAGAUGCAGAGGGAAACCGAUACCAAGUUCUACAUGCUGUAUGUCAUGGCACAACAUUCCAAGCUGGAGAAGUGCUUGGCAUCGCAGCUGGAGUUCCAAGCAGCCGCCUAUGCUUGGACCUUUUCACUCGAUUUUGGAUGAGCUGGGCAGGAACACCGAAAUCCAUCACUGUGGACCGAGGCACUCACAACCGAGGAGUUUUCUUCUCAGAGCUUCAGAAGCUUGGAGUUGAGGUGAGGUCUGCAGCGACACAAGCCCCAUUCCAGAUCGGGAGGACAGAGAGACAUGGAGGUAUCCUGAAGCUCAUGAUCAACAAGGUCGUCAUGGCCACGCAGGCUACAGGACAAUCAGAGAUGCAGCUUGUGCUCAUGCAGUGCCUGGAGACCAAGAACCGUCAGGCAAACAUUGGAGGAUUCUCUCCGAGCCAAUGGGUACUUGGCCGGAAUCCACGAGCUGGAGGAUGGACAGAUGAGGACGAAGAGACAGUCGUGGUUCACGAUGAGGAUCCGCAAUCCACGUUCAACAGGAGGAACGUGAUGAGAGAGGCUGCAAGGAUUGCCUGGGCAGAAGAAGACAGCAGGAGGAGAGUUCAGAAGGCAUUGCUGAGGAAAGGUGGCGGAGAAGCUCAACAAUUCCGACAAGGAGAUCUGGUUGCUUUCAUGAGGAGAAAGCAAGGAGCCGUCAAGUGGUAUGGACCUGGACGAGUUCUGACACAGGAGGGCAAGAAUGUCUGGAUCAUGCAUGGAGGAGUUCCAAUUCUCACUUCAGAGACCAUGGUGAGGGCAGCAACUUCAGAGGAAUAUCUCACCAAGGAGCUCAUUGGCGUGACCAAGGGCAAGAAGAGAGGCAGAGGACUACUCUACGAGGAUCCAGCACAACACCAUCAGUUGGGAUCAACUGGACAGCCGUCCUAUUUGGAUCUCCGGAAGGUUGAGGACGAUGAGGAUGCAGCAGGAGCCGCACUACCCAGAGGAGGACUUGGCAACAUUGCACCUACAGAACGAGGAGGUGAUGAAGAUGAGUCACCGAAGAGGAUGAGAGCAUUGAUCAGAGAAGAGGAGAAGAAGCAAGAGGAUGAGGCAAGAUCAAUUGCAUCAAGGACAUCACCACAUGAAGUGCCUGUGCCAACAAGUCCGACCAACUGGGAGGCCAACAGUCCUGGCUACAGCCCAAGGACACCCGUGGAGGAGCAAGCAACUUCAUCGACGAGGACGGUGCAGACACCAUCUCUACCACAACCACCAACAGUUCUGACACCGCUGUCAAAAGCAAUGGCAAUUGCAGGAGGAAACCAACUUGAUGUUGGAGCCAAGAUGGCAAAAUCAAUGAGGACGCAGAGAGAGGAGACAAAGGAAGAGAGCGCAGCAGAGAGGACCAUGAACAGACCACGUUCAAGGAGUCCGCCAGAAGCUUUGAAGAAGGAGUUCACAAGCUUCAUGGCGAAGAGGUACAACAAGAAAGGAGGAGACCCCAAGAGCACUGGGGAGUUGCGCUAUGAGAGAGAGACCAAGGAGAUGCAACGACAGUUGGACAUCACCAGAGGCAAGGAAUGGACCAAUUGGGUCAAGUACAAAGCGACCAGAGUUCCAUCCAAGAAGGAGGUGGAGCAGAUGCUCAUGGCUGGCAUCAAGCCCGUGCCAAUGCGAUGGGUUGACGUGGACAAGCAUGCUCGACUACGAGUUGAAGGAGGACCAGAGGUGGAGCCGAAGUUGAAGAGCAGAUUGGUACUUCGAGGAGAUCUGGAAGAAGGAGACUUCAGAGUCGACUGCCCGACAGCCACGGCAACUGGAACACACCUGGUCAUCAGCUUCGCAGCAUGCACCAGGAGACGCUUGAGAGCAGGCGACAUCAGUGCCGCCUUUCUCCAAGGAAGUCCUAUCAACCGAGAGCUGCUGAUGAAGGUUCCCAACACAGGAAUUCCUGGUCCUGACGGACAAGGAUACGCAGUCGAACCUGGCAGCUACCUUGUGGCUUUGAUGUCAAUCUAUGGGAGCAAGGAUGCACCACGAGGAUUCUGGAUAGCUUUGAGAGAUGAGAUGCAAGUCCAAGGACUACGUGAGGUGGAGCCAGCACUCUAUGCACUGACAGGAGAUCAGGGAGAACUACAUGGACUGGCAGCAACACACGUGGACGACAUCAUCUGGACAGGAGAUGAGACCAUGGACAGUGUCAUGGACAAGAUCCAAGAACGUUUCACUUUUGGCAGCAUCGAGGAGGAGAACUUCCGAUUCUGUGGCAGGCGCAUCGAGUCAAAGGAUGACUACUAUGAGGUCACUUGCCCAGAGCUGCUUAGCAAGGUGAAGCCGAUUCACAUUGAGGGACGCCGAGACCGAAGUCCUGCUGACCCAGCGAGUGCAGAGGAGCAAUCGCAGAUGAGGGCCGUCUUGGGAAGCAUCGGCUACGUCGCCAGACUUUGCAGGCCAGAGCUUUCAUACAGAUGUUCGGCGCUUCAAGGGAAGCAAGCGCGACCUCAACAUCAGGAUCUUGUGAACACCAACAAGUUCUUGUCUGCAGCGCAGCGCACUACGGGCAAUGGCUUGCGCUACGUCAAGAACAAGAUCGACUUUCACAGUGCAGUGCUGCUAUCUGUGACGGAUGCGAGUUUUGGAGCCGAAGAACACACAGCUGAGGAUGGAAGGAAGAGUGGCCAUCGUUCCCAGGCCGGAAGAUUUCUUCUGUUGGCAGACAGGAUGCCGACACUCAGCACUCCAGCAAACGUGCAUAUCCUGGAGUGGCAGUCACAUACGAUUCGCCGAGUGUGUCGCUCAACUCUGCAUGCCGAGGUGAUGAGCAGCAUCGGAGGGAGUGAAGCAGGGCAGUACGUCCGAGCACUACUCUACAACAUGACCAACCCGAAGAAGACUGGACUACGUGAGCAGCUGGACUGGAAAGUGGCAGCGAGCGAUUCUCGCAUGAUCCACUGGCUGACAGACUGCAGGUCCUAUGUGGACACAAUGUCAUCAACUGGUCAAGGAGUGGUAGCCGACAAACGGUUGGCAAUCGACCUCACUGCUUUGCGACAGGAUCUAUGGAGGGCUCCCGGUACAGAAUGUGGAGAGCCGAAUGUACAGGAAUCCAUCCCUUCGGAUUGCACAGAUCAACUUUGGUGGAUCAGCACCAAAGACAUGAUCAGCGAUGGUCUCACCAAGCACAUGCUUUGGGAUGCCAUGACAAAGCUGUGCAGUACAGGUUGCGUGCAGACUUUGCCUCCUCGCUACCUGUGUCAGUCCUUUGGUUCAAGCGAUCACCAGUUGGGUGACUUCAGCAGAUCCGAGUCGUUUUCUUCACUUCGCAGCUUCGCUCGUCUGGAGCUGUCACUCUUUGCCUCGGACCUCGCGUCGCCGGGCUUGGCACCGUCGCCGCGGAGUGUGGUGCGGCCGGGAUCAGCGCUGCUGGCUGUGGGAAUGGCAUGUUUUUGCUUCACAGCCUUGCCCACCCGGAGCUUUCGCCUGUCGCUUUGGACCUUGCGACUUCGGAGUUGUCGUCCUCGCUGAAAAGCUCUGCCUGCGUGGCGUUGGCGUUGUCAACAUACGGUGCAUGAGCAAGGCGGAGAAGGACGACUACCUACUUGUACUGGUGGUGGCGGCCUCAAACACAUUGCACGUCGAUUGGAAGAGCUGGCAGCAUUCUUGGCAACGAGGCCUCGAGCUUUGCAGCGGGGCCAACGCGAG